AUGGCCAGAAUCAACACAUCAAACCCGUUGGUUCGUGCAUCAGCACGACCCAAACCUACGCCUAGCGAGAAACUCGAACGUCCUGUCCCAAGCCUCACUGACUCGCUGGAAAGUGGCCGCGCCGGCAGCAAUUCUUCACUAUCGAGAGGGUCAUCACAACGAAAGAAACCGGGAUCGAGCGUCAUGUUCGACAUCUUCCCUGACCCCGCCAUCGAGAGUGGAAGCUCCGCUUUCAACACGCCUCGCAAACAAACACAAAGGCGUACGCUCAAAACCUCGCAGGUCAACUCUCUGCUCCUUCCGAUCCAACGACCUCGCCCGAGACCCAGCAUCAAAGUGGAAACAGACGACUACGACAAAGAAAAUGACAAUGCAGAGGAUAAUUUUAUAGAAGCACUCGCAACACCAAUGGAACCCGGGUCGCAACGCUCGCCUGCAAGACGAAACCAGAAUUUGCCGCGAAGCCCCGGAAGAAGCCAACCGGGCCAUACGCCUGUGAGAGAAAUGCACUCUUCUGAAACCGAAGAGGAGGACGACUGCGGGAAUAAUAGCUUUGAUUCAUUGGAAGACUUCAUUGUUAGUGACAACGAAGAUAUCAGUUACCACGAGACAUCACACUCAGAGACAGAAUCUGAGAAGGCUCCAACACCGCCUCCGCCAAAAUCCACUCGAAAGAGACUCUUGAGAGGAAUCAAGCCCAAGACUGGCACUCUCAAGAAGGACCUGGAAGAAAAUUCCCGCGGAGCACCAUUUCUCCUGGAGACGAGAAUUUCCGACGCCAUCAAGUCCCGUUCUACCCCCAAGGAGGCACCUAGACAUCUUCUUCAGGACGAUUUCCAGCUAUCCUCGAAGCUCAACGAGCUACAUUUGGACACUGAGAACGAACCAGCACAGCUGGGGGCAGACACUUCUCCCUCAAUCGUAGGUCUGAAGUUCCCAACACCGGCUUUCAUACCAGCUACAAAGAGCCUAGAGACACCACCGUCCAGUCCAUCACGGAAUCGACUCCGCUCCCCCACGAAAGAAAAGAUGCGCAUUCCGCCAACGCCACAUCGCGAGAGCGUCGACGCUUUUUGGAGCCAGACAGAAACGAACCAUUGGAUUGAUCAGCACUCACCCCGUAAGGAGAAAACACCUGCACAAUCUGUGAUAGAUCUACUCAAGGAUUUCGAUGUCUCAGAUGAGGAAGAUAGUAGCCCAAUUUCCGGCAUCAGCCUUGGGUCCGAUUCCGUGUCGCGAGCGAGCGUCACACCACCCAAGACACCCCCAACCUCCAAAACACCUAGCAAAACAGCAAUCAAGAAGGCCGAAGCAGAUGCCAAGCGUGCAGCUAAAGCACGCAGGGAAUCUUUCAACAAGAAGAAAGCAAACUUCGCCGAGACCUUUCUCGAAAUCUUGGACAACGCCGUCUCCGGCGGCAAGGUCAACCUUCUCGCCAAGCCUACCGGUGGUGUAAAAAUUACCUGGUCAAAAACCCUUCAGAAGACAGCAGGCCGAGCUCAAUGGCGCAGCGAGCUAGUUGAAACCCGAGACCCAGACGGCCAACGGACAGGCGCAUCACAACACAUCCACCACGCCACGAUCGAACUCGCUGAGCGCAUCAUUGACGAUGAGUACCGUCUUAUCAAUACUCUCGCGCACGAAUACUGUCAUCUAGCCAACUUCAUGGUCUCCCGCGUGACGGACAACCCGCACGGAAACAGCUUCAAGAAUUGGGGAAAGCUAUGUGCCGAGAGGUUGAAGGACCAUCCGAUUUACGGAGGCCAGAUCCAUGUUACUACAAAACACUCAUACCAGAUUGAUUGGAAAUAUGUUUGGGCUUGUACGGGGUGUGGCGUGACUUAUGGUCGACAUUCAAAGAGUAUUGACCCGGAGCGACAACGCUGUGGAACUUGCAGGCACCGAUUGGAACAGAUAAAGCCCAAGCCACGCAUGUCUCCUCAGAAGAAGGCUAUGGCGCAAGUCACCAAGAGUCUUGCCCAGGUUCAGAUUGAAAUGUAG